GGCUGCAGUCCCAGAAGGGAGCUGCUGUCUGAGGAGGAGGCUGCCUCUCCACUGGCCUCCACGAGAGGCCCUGGGGUCGCGCUGGGCGCCCGAAGGGACCUCCCCAGGGACCCGCCUGCCCCACACCGCCCCGCCCCGCCCGGCGCUCCGCAUCAGGUGCCCCAGCCCCAGCCCUACCUGCGGACUUCAGGCUCCCGGGGCUUCCAGAGGAUGCUCGGGCCACCUGCGGUGACCUCGCAGCAGCAGUGAGGUCCUCUCCUCCUGUGCCAGGGGCUCCCCCAGGGGGCCGAGCAUGGUGGUUUUCCCUUGGAACCUCCUGGCUUGGGACGUCUGAGAAGAUGCCUGCCAUGAGGCUGUUCACUUGCUUCCUGCAGCUCCUGGCUGGGCUGGCACUGCCCGCUGUGCCCCCCCAGCAGUGGGCCUUGUCUGCUGGGAAUGGCUCAUCAGAGGUGGAAGUGGUGCCCUUCCAGGAAGUGUGGGGCCGCAGCUACUGCCGGGCGCUAGAGAGGCUGGUGGACAUCGUGUCGGAGUACCCCAGUGAGGUGCAGCACAUGUUCAGCCCCUCCUGCAUCUCCCUGCUGCGCUGUACCGGCUGCUGUGGUGACGAGAACCUGCACUGCGUGCCCGUAGAGACGGUCAAUGUCACCAUGCAGCUCCUGAAGAUCCACUCUGAGGACCGGCCCUCCUACGUGGAGCUGACAUUCUCUCAGCACGUCCGUUGCGAGUGCAGGCCUCUGCGGGAGAAGAUGAAGCCAGAAAGCCACUUUGUCUUGACGCUUUUGGCUUAUUGCAGGAGGAGACCCAAGGGCAGGGGGAAGAGGAAGAGAGAGAAGCAGAGACCCAGAGACUGCCACCUGUACUUCCAUGAACAAACCAACAUGAUUCCUGCUCCUAUAGUGCUUACAUUCUAGUGAAAAAUAUUCUCACAACUGAAAACACAUCUGGGGCUACUUCCUAGUGGCCCUGUGAAGACAGGGGUGCUGGGGAUGCCGGUCUCCUGAAUGUGUGCAGCCCUCGCUUCCCCCUUGGGCCCAGGCAUGGACUUGGGGAAAGAGCUGGCAGUGUGGUCUAUGUGCACCGCCCCCGCCCCCAGCCCCUGCCAGGCAGCCCCACAUAGAAAGUGUCCCGUUCCUCCAUCUGCCAGGACAGUGGUCCUCAAACAUCUCAUUUGGGAAUCUCCUGAGAGAAUUUCAAAAGCCCACGUGCUCCCUCACUUCUUAAGUUGACAUUGAACUUGAAAACUUAGAAGUUCAUCAACAUCAUAAAUAGUUACAUAGGAUAUCGUUUCUGGCAUGUUAUAAAUAUUAAUGUUUUAAUAAAGUCAUUAUAUAGUUCUUUGGGUACAUCCUAUAGAAUCAGCCACCCUAAGAGUUCCCAUCACGCACUUAAAAACAAAUGUGAACGCUUUGCUUUAAUA